GUGUUUUGCUACUGUUGUUAUCGGUGAAGGUGUUGUUGUUAUUGUGGUUGCAGCAACAGCAGACAACAGGAACAGUUCUCGAGCGGGGUCACAAAUAAUGCGGAAGAGGAUUGUGUUGUGAGAAACCGGAGAGACACACCGUAAGAAUGGCUAUUAGGGUUUCGCUCCCCCCCUCAAACGUGGUCAUUCCCUUGCGGCUUUCGUCCCUAGGGCGCCAAUCCCAUCCCGCAGCGUCGAUAUCAGGCGAGAAGUUCACGAAAACGCUUCUGAAAUUGCAGUUGCCAGCUGGCUCGUAUCAAUACCAGUUGAUAUCAAGGCGACCGUCUUUCAGCCUCUCCGUCAUUUGCCAUUCCACUAAUGGCAAGCCACUGAAUGGGAAUAUGAAUGGUUCCAGUGAGUCAUUGCCAGAUUAUGAAUCUUUUGAUGUAGCUGGUAUUCAGCCUUUAGGUGAAGGCUGGGAUCCUUGGAAGCUAUCAGGUGAAUAUUCUGGUUCUAGUGGAGGGGAGGGUGAUACUUCUGUUAGGAAUCCAGGGGGUGAGACGUCAGGAAGGGGUGGCAUGGAUGUAGUGCCUAGAAAUACAGUGAACAAAUACGGUGCCGUUGGUAACGAAGGAGAGGAGCCUUUUCGAAUACUGGCAGAUGGGAGGAAAGCAUAUUUGGAUGAAUUGGAUGUUUUAACCUUACUAGUUCCACCCCCGUUUUUAAAGCCUAUGUCGAAUAAGAACUACAAUCAUGCAGCAUUUUUGUGGAAAAAGAUCGCAGCCAUCCCAGAGGAGCGCAGGCAUCGGUUACUUGACUUGCUGGAACCCAGGCACAUAACCGCAAUGUGGAAGAUGACAGAGCUCAGAUAUGAAGAUCCGGGGCUCUAUCUGCAGAAUGCUUCACGAUUUCUCCUUAAUCCAGCUGCUGAACCCCUCCAGCCCUUAGUCUGGACGGGACAAGUAAAUGAAGUGCCCUGGGUUUUCAACUUUUUGAGCCGAUUUAAAAAGGCUUUUUUCUACAGUCAAGAUAGAGAGUUAUAUGGCAGGGUGAUUACAGGAGGCGGUGUGCUGGAGGGGCUUGGGAACAAAGUUGCACCUCUGUACUUCAAAGUCAGACCAAUAAGAACUGUAUUAGCCACAAAUGAGCAGUGCGACUUCGCCUUUUCUUAUGAUGAUGGGCAUUUUGAAUUGAAAAAUGCUGUGCCGAAUGGAUUUCCACAGCCAGGAAAGCACCCAUUCGCCUUUGGCAAGAAGUUUUAUGACUAUGUUCGUGUAGUUGGUCCAGGAGUUGUCGUUGGACAGUCAUGGUAUGGAUCUGCAUCCGGUAGUGAAGUUUCUAGGAAUAGUGAGUUGGGUCCUCGUAAGUACUUAGGUGAGUUUUUGUUAAUUCAAAACUAUGCGAAAGUCUCAUCAUGAUAUGUGCUUAAUUCUUGACACUCAUGUCAAUCAAUGUAAUGUACACGGCAUGUCUCUUUAUUUCA